UUCUCUGCUCAACCGGACAACUGUUGAGUGAGGAGAGAGUCUACCAAGGGAUGUGACAGACUUUUUUCAGACUUUCUUUGGACUCAAGUGAUUUUUCUUCUUCCUUUUUUUUUUAUUUUUAACUGGGGUUCUUGUCAUGUCUGAGAGUUUUGUGAGGAAAGUGCAGCCCUUCACCAUUGGGACCAGGCUGUCAGUUCCCCCUGUGCCGAAAUGCCAGGAAUUUACACAGACUUAUCUGUCCAGCGAGGCUCUGGACAACUGCGUGCUGCAGCACAACCUGAACUCCCUCUACCUCAGCCGGCCCCCGGUGCGUCCGCACGGCCCCCGCCGGGGGUCACCGGUGGCCAGGCGGGCGGCCCCCGUGCAACACGACCCCGAGCACAUGGCAGCAGAGGACCAGCUCAACCAGAACGUUGUCUCUCCCUCUGCCGUCUCCAGAUCCAUCAAGAAGAUCACCAUCUCUGGGAGCAAAGACAAGUCUGGGAACACGAUGUCAGCGGGACCGGCGAAGCUCUCGGUCACAGGCUGCCCGUCUGAAAACAACAAUAACAACAACAACAUCUCCAGCCCCUCAGACCCACAUCUGCCCAGGAUUGUGGGAGUGAGCUGUGAACAUAAGACACACUCUCAGUUUAAGGUUUUACUGAGUAAAGACAGCAGUGAUGAAUUCCGGCUCGGUCAGGGACAAACCAGGGACAAACUACUCGGGGAGAAAUCCAUCCAGCUUUCGGUGCCUGAGCUGCAGAAGAAGGAGGCUGAGAGGAAAGAAAGUCAUCUACACGCACAGACGGAGAUGUUGGCAGCUGCUGCGCUGCAGAGCGACUGCUUCACUCAGCGCAACUCACUCUUCAACAAGGAAGUGCUGCAGGCAGAGGCAUGGAUCAAAGGCAAGCUCCAGGACUUGAAGGAUGGAUGUAAUAUUCAGUACUGCCCCCUGCAGGACUGGGAGGAGGCGUCACAGACGCUUCAGCGAGACCUUAAAGACUUUGAGAACACACUGAUUCAGCUGAACCAGAUGGGCGAGCAGUUGAUCUGCAAGCUGAAUCCCACAUCUGAUCUGGUGAAGAAGCAGCUCAGCCAGCUCAGGGAGCAGUGGCAGACGCUGAAGCAGAUGGCUGCCAAUCAGACGCGAGCCCUAGGUGGAGCAAAGAGCCUGCAGGAGUUCAACAAAAAAGUGGAGAAGCUUGAGGAGUGGAUUAAAGAGAAACAGGAAGAGGAGCAGUCUCUGUUGAAUGUCUUAGGGGAAAAUGUUGACAAAAUGCAGUUGACCAGGAGAAUUUUAGAUCUGAAACAGGAUGAGCAGCUAUACCGAAACCUGCACGAGGAGAUCAACGACUUGGCUCUAAAACUGGAGAAACAAGGGAAAACAGAAGGAAAAAACGUCUCCAGCAGAAGGAAACAUAUCAAUAAAAUGUGGCUGAAGGUCCAGUCGCAUCUGAAAAACUACCACGAAAAGCUUCACCUGGCACUUGAGGUGUCCUCAUUCUACCAACAGGCUGAUAAUAUCUUAUUUGCUAUUGACAGCACGAGGAAAAGCAUAUCUGCAUCCAAGGAGCUGGGCGGCUGCGGUGACGGGGACAUGCGAGACGUCGCCAGUCAGAUCAUGAUGCUCGACGUGAGUGUGUCCCAGCUGUCUAAUCUCAACCCCGGCCUGGCGGCCAGCGUCACCCAGACGCAGAGCGAGGUCAAGGACAGCUGGGCUCUCCUUCAGCGAGACUUCAGGGGUGACAGGACGCCGCUCGCUCUCUCCGCCUCCACUUUCACCAGGGAAGAUGCUGACCUCCUGACACACGCUCGAGAACCCCAGUGCAACAUGGGAACUGAGACACACGGGAUCAUGGGAAAAGAGGUGAAGGAGGAGCAGAAUCGUCUGAAGGGCUGCGUGAGCGUCGUUGAGUGUGGGAGUGGCAGGCGAGCUCAGAGCAGCCCACGCCAGGAGCAGCAAUCAGAGAGCCACGCCUGCUCAGCAGCGGGAGACGGCUCCUUCAGCACCGCUGAUGCCGUCAUCAGAUGUCAAGCGAAGGGGGAAAGCGGGAAGCCCAGAGUGGAGCCUACGCUCGCCCCGGCCCCACCAGGCCACCCACAGCUUCACAUCCAGCUGCAGAAGUUCACCGUGUCCGCUGACAAGACUUUGUCCUGGCUCAAAGACAACGUGUCCAUGGCAACCCAGGUGUGUUCAAUAGCCGGCUUCGAGGGGCUGGAGGCGGCCAGGAGGUGUCAACACACGCUCGAACAAGAAAUUCUGAACAACAGAGCCAGGAUAGAGGUGGUCAAAAGGGAGGGCCGCGGGCUCGUGUGUGCGCAGCACCCCGGCAGCAGGAAGAUCGAGGAGUUUCUCAGCCAGCUGGAAGUCCUGUGGGAAGAACUGAAGAGGAGGCACCAGAGGAAUGCUACCUUUCUGCAGGCCUCAGAGCAACUGGGCUUCAGGAUUGUGAAAGUGCUCCAAGCCCUGGGCAGCCUGGACGCCUGGCUGGAGUCGGUGGAGCUCUCCCUGAAGGAGUCUGCGUUGGCCGGCGACCCUGAGACGAUGAGCCUGGCCGAGCGGGAGAGCUGUCUGCUGGAGAAGGAGGUGGCAGCUCGCAGUCUGGAGCUCAGCGCUCUCAAGCAGGAGGUGGAGCGCCUUCACGGCUACAGCCACCCGCACACCCGCGGGCUACCGGCGCGCAUGGAGGAGGUGGAAAGAAAGUACCAGCGUGUCCUGAGCGCCCUGACCCAGCAGAGCUCAGAACUGCAGGACACACGCAUGCUGGCUGAGUUCCUGGAGUGCAUGGAGCUGGAGGAGAGCCAGGAGCGCAGCGUUAGUCAAUACAGCUUCGGCCAGCCUCUUCACAGUGAAAUGUCUUCAGCUCCGACUCUGCUUGAGCUCCAAAGCAGCGGCGUGGGGGAACCCCUAAUUGAAACUAUGGGGGAUCCUGUGGAGGAGCUCCGGAAAGCUGUAAAGAUGCUGAACGACACCGUUAAGGAAAGAGGUCGAUCACAGAGCAAUGACCAGGCCAUCCAGGGGAUAAUGAGCAAGCAUGCCAGCCUGGCGGUGCGUGUGGUGGAGUGCCUGUGCCGCAGCAAGGAGCUGAGCCUGGACAUCUUGGAGAAGGAGACAGACAUGGCUAUGCAGUGUGAGCCAGACCGCUGCGGCCUGGAGGCUCUGCAGGAGAGGCAGGACCACCUGGAGACGGACCACGAGGCCAUCAGAGAGGACGCGGAGGAGAUGGAGAACCAAGCCUCCCGGUUGAAGGAGCUGUGCCCCGAGAGAGCGCACGCACUCCAGGCCAAGAUCCUAGCGACGCAGCAGGCUUGGGACGAGCUGGGGGAGAGUGUGACGGAAAACAAAGCACACCUGCGGGAGUUCGUGCAGCUCCAGGACUUCUUCAGGAGCUACCUCGCCAUGAUCUCAUGGACAGAAGACACCAGAUCAUACAUUUUCUCAGACACGGCCCUGCACUUUGGGAGAGAUGGGCAGAAGCCGCUGGCAACAGAGCUGGACUUGCAAAUUGAGCAGAAGUUUAAGGAGUUUGAUGAGCUGGCAGACACAGAGAAGACUCUUUUGAACAAGGAACACCACCUCACACAGAUGGUGAGAGAGCGCAUGGAGGAACUGAGGAGCAUGCUCGGCUGGAUCUCGGUGCACUGGAGGGCCCAGAAACUACAGUGGUAUCACAAAAAGAACAGACAGGCGUCUUCACAAGAUAACAUUUACUCUGAGGCAACAGUUUUCCCUUCAUUACCAGAGAGUUCAGCUCCGGAGCUCGAGGCGCUUCACUCUCAACAGCCCCAUGUCGUCAGCGGUUGCAGAGACCCAACAAAUGCAGCAGGAGACGGUUAUCCUUCAACCCUGCAGCCGCAGCGCUUCAAGCAGCGUGAAGAGACCCAGUCCGAGGAUGGAUAUGAGAUCAUGAACGUUAGCGGUCCUAAGGGAGAUUCCUCCAAGGCAAGCAUCAUGGUGCUCAAGGAGCACAGCAGCCCUCCCCUGGGGGGCGAAGUCAACCUCAUCCUUAGCUUUGGUAACAGUGGGGACAGCCAGGUGCAGGUGCUUGACCUGGAUGAAAUGGAGCAGGAGACCUCUGAGCCCAUCCACAGGCCCACUGUGCCUCAAUCUUCUACCCAUAAAAACUUUUGGAGGCGCUGCCAGGGGCUUUUGGAAAACACUUUGGGUAGUUUAAAGCGAAAGAAAAAGAUUUUUCGGCAGAGUGCAAUGGAGGUAAGUACCUACUUGCAUGUCAAGGAUAACAACCAGGCUGGGGCCCCUGUCUAUGAGAGUAUCACCCUUCCCCGUCUCAAGAGCAGCUCUGCAGCCUCGGUCUCCCCUGCCUUCUUGCCAUCCUCCUCCUCCUCCUCCUCGCAGUCUUCCUCAACACCUGGACCACAGGCUACCAACGUGUCCUUCCACCCUUUACCGGGAGGCGGCGGUAACUCCAUCUUCAGCAGCCUCAAAAGAAUGAGCAAGAAGAGAAAGAGGAAGAUAGACGCCCGCAGACAUACUAUUCAGAAAAUCAUGGGGGUGGAUGAGCAGAGCGAUGAGAUGCACCAUUACGACUGCAAGACCAUGUCGUAUGACACACGCACGUGGCCGCUGAAGGAAGGCCGGAAAAAGAAGACUUCACCAAAGGAUGGGGAUGGAGGAGAAACCAUGGCCUAUAUGAAGAACUCCCUGGUGGAGGACAUUGAGACGGAGUGUUCGGGAGAAUACAACAUAACUCCAUACGCUGUAUCAGCAGGACCGACCGCGCCGGCCUCCCCGGGUACGGUGAAGAGCCAAUGCAGAUUUCUCUCUUUGGGCUCCGUGCUGAGCUUUGAUCUACCGAAGGACAUGACCCUCAUCCCCAGCAUCCAGGACAUCAUUACUAUUGCUCCUCCAGAGUCCAAAAAGGGGGGGACGGAUCCAGACUCUCACUCUCAGAGACACACAAUCCUGAGCUCCUUCAAACAGACUCGAGCCGCCCCUGCCUUCGCUCACGGUGCAGCUGAAAUCAGCCUCUCUGAACUACAGCAGUCUAUAGCUGAUGUGGACAGGGGUUUCAAAGCCCCCCCUGCCCCGUCGUUGGAAGAGCAUGAUGAUCUGACCGAAGCAUGUGACGAUUCAUCCAAAACCCAGUUCACGCAGGCUGCAGCGCAUGACUGGGACAACGUGUUGUUGGAUCAUAAAGAUGAAGGCGAUGGGGCCUGUCAGCCUUCCCAGAUGCACAUAUAUGUGAACCAAGCCCCCAGCUCCAGUACCGUUGUUCAUAAACACGAGGGCCUCAGCGUGCACGCGCUCAUUCGAGACCUGAAUGGACACGUUCACCACAACCCUGCAGGGUCCCAGUGCGAGCAGAAAGAGAGUCCCGCGCUCCAGGUGAACCAAGCCUCGCACAUGAAGGUGAAUCUGAAGCCCGCCAUGAACGUCAGCGGUCGACAGGACUCUGUAGACUCCGGCAUCUCCACCUCCAGCGGUUUCAAACUUUGCACCGACGCUCCGUGUGCAGAUAACCUGCGGCCCAAAGGAGUGGUGGGAAGGCUCGUGUCCCUGGAGGUCGUCGGAGGUUUAGACUGCGCUAAAACCAGAGAGGGCGACGUAACGUCUUCAACUCCAUCUCCAGUCUCGGGGGGAGAGAAAAGCACGGAGCCGGUUCACUUUGACCACCAGCAGUUCGAGGAGGAGGAGGAAGAGCUGGAAGACAUCUGGAACCAGACCGCCAACCACAGGCAGAGCUUCUGCUCCGACAUCAUGUACCAGCCCAACCAGAAUGACUCCACGUCUUCAGAGCAAGUUCCCGAGACCCUGUCCUCCUCCCCGACCGCCACAAACGAGGCCGUGCUCUUCAGAAACCUGGUCACGGCCUCAGCGCCCAACCUCCUAGUGGCCGAGUUCAAGCUGCCGUCCCACGUUCAGAGCUUGCUGGGUUACGAUAAAGGAGAGGAUCCCCAAGAUCUGCCCCCUCUGGCCCAGGGAGACCGGAGGUCCUGGGCAGCUUUCCCCAACAGGGAACCGCUCGGCAAGACUUCGAUGACGGUGAACGAGACCGCGUCCGACCCAGUGAAGCUCCCAGAUGUAGGCGACAAUAGGAGAUAUGUUUAUCAAUACAGAGAGGAGGAAGAAGAGGAGGAAGAGGAGGCAAAGGUGGGGGCGGAGGUGGAAGAGCACAGAGGUUGCUUGAAGGACCAGUCAAAGAGCCUACUGGCGGUUCACAUGGGCUUGGACGGGGCCUGCCAGCCACCGACGGCCCCGGAGACGCACGCUGGGGGGCGCUGUUUCAUCCUGAGCGGCAAACCCGAGCAGCAGUCUAUGGAGGGAAUCCUUGACAGGAAGCACAAGCUGCAGCUGGGAGGAAAGAAAGCAGCCUCCAGGGGCUGGAACUCCUACCACACUGUCCUGUAUAGACACACCUUGUGCUUCUUCCAGGACAGAAAGGAAACGCUGCGGAGUUCUGCCUGUGGCCUUCCACUGAACCUCGCAGGAGCAGAAUGUUUACCCGCACCAGACUACACCAAAAAGCCCAACUGCUUUCGAUUACGGCUUCGGGAUGGGUCUGAAUAUCUCUUUAAUGCUUCCUCACACUUUAUGAUGAAGAAGUGGGUCUCGAAAAUACAAGCAAGCACAGGCCAGGGUGCAUCUGUGUCAACAUCGAGUGUCCCUCUUGAUCAACAUCUCCCUGUUUCCAUAAAGCCCUCCACGUGCUUUAGAUGUCAUCCUCGAAGCUGUCACUGCACCUCUCCACGUGAUGUCACACACACGACAGCCAGCAACAAACCACCGUCGGUCGGCCAGGCCAAAGAAGUCGUCUUCCUCACCAGAGAAUGUGGUGGUCGUGGGCCACAGAGUCGCCUAAAAGGUUUGGAUGAGCGGUCAGACAUCCCCUCCUCGGAAGAUGGCAAAGGCAGCUUUACGCAGUCAGUGACUCACAGACUGUGUGAGGGAUUCAGAGAUGACACAUCUCCCUCUCCUCACUCCCCCGUCUUCAGCAGUCAGGACUGGUUCAGCAGCAGCAAGCACCGCUCCCAUUCCUUCACAUCUGCGACCUACCAGAAGAUCAAACCCGUGUUGCACUCCCCUGUGGAAAAGGGCUCCAACUACUCCGUGACCCUGGUGCUGGGAGACAAGCCAGCAGACGGCUGCUCGGGAAGCAGGAGCUCGGAUCCUCCACGGCUGGCGUCGGCCGGGUGGAGGAAGGACACGUGUGAGGCCUCGGCUCUGAUUGGCUACACGAGCCUGCCGCGGCCGCGCAACAAGUCCGUCUUCAGGAAGUUCUUUGGGAAAAAGGAUCUCUGAGUUUAGAAAUGUUUAUGUUCUUUCAAAAAGGGUUUUACAAAUAGCUUCUCAUGUGCAGUGCACAUAUUAGGCGAAAACUAACCAAAAAAAAAACACUACUACUGACCAUAUUUAUAAUCAAAAGACAUGCCACAGUUUUAUUUUUGAUGUGUUUUCUAUAAAUCACUUCAUGGGCCAAAAGAGUCCUCACAAUUAAUCUUUACAUGAGCGUUCAUUUUGCAUAUGUGCUUUUAUCUUUUGAGCAAACCCAACAAUACUGUAUUAGCCCACAUUCACAACACCUUCCUGAUGCAACUUAUAUCAGAUUUAUCUUCUGUUGAUGUGAAUCACGUUUGAUUGUUUAUUUCAGGGCUGUAUGGACACAUAAAUCUGACUGUCACUUCCUGUUUGGGGAUUCGAGUUGUGUGACUGUACGUACAGUAUAUCUGUAUAUUUGUGUGACAGGGGCACAUUUCCCUGUGAAACUCGCCGGUAAAAAUCAGCCAGCAACAAAGGAGGAAAGGGACAGGAGUCGGCGGGGAAAGCGAUAACAGCUGUGGUCUGAAUCACGUCUCCGUCUUGGCAGGAUGCAUCUGGUGGACACGGAUGACGUUUCUUUUGUAAGAUACUCGUAGUUAAGAAUGAGAUCUGUCCAACUGGUGUAUCAAAUCAAAGGUGGAUGAAGUGCUUGGUAGUGUAAACGUAGCAUUAGUGUGCACUGUGUAGUUGCAGAUUGGAUUUGUUUUUUCGAACCUCUUACUCAGUCAGAUUUUUUUUUUGUCAUUGCUGUGCUAUUGUGUCGGCAGUCCACCUCCUCCGUGCUCAUCCAUUACAAAUCAGCAGUUUGAUACUGCCUGAUCUUGUACCUUUUUAAAGCACCAGCUGUAACAACCACCAUAUACACAAUAAAACAAACAAAAGAACACGUUCUUCCUUUUGCUGUGAUUAAAUAUGUAUUUUUUUAAAGACA